AGCAACAUGGAAAAAAAGCCUUGGCCUUUGUUUCACGCAAUUGCCCCCUUCAUUUCGGUGUUGUCUAUUUCCCUUUUGUCUGAAGUCUUCUUGGGGGCGAUUCUACAUGCAGGCAAGAUCUCUCCAGGGUUUCAAGGCACUCACAUGAUAUACAUAGACAAUGAUGGAAAGUUUCUCGAGUCAAACAAUGGAGAAUUCGUCUUUGGCUUCAUCUCCACAACAAAUGGUACCUCAUCGUUUCUCGUAGGAAUCGUCCACAAGGCCACUGAAACAGUGGUUUGGACUGCAAAUAGAGGAAGUCCUGUUUCAGAAUCUGACAACUUUGUGUUUGAUGAAAAUGGUAACGCCUUCUUACAGAAGGAAAGAUCCAUGGUUUGGUCUACAAAUACUAGUGACAAAGGGGUCUCAUCAAUGGAAUUGUUGGAUACAGGAAAUCUAGUUUUGCUUGGGAACAAUGGAAACGUUGUUUGGCAGAGUUAUAGCUACCCAACAGAUACCUUGUUGCCAAGUCAGGACUUCUCAGAAGGAAUGAAACUUAUCAGUGAGCCUUCACCUAAUGAUAACUUGACCUAUGUUCUUGAGAUCAAAUCUGGGGACGUCAUUCUUUCUGCUGAUUUCCCAGCUCCUCAGAUUUACUGGUCCUUGCAGAAGGAUAACCGCAAGACCAUUGAUAAAAACGGUGGUCUUGUAGCUUCAGCAUCACUGAGUGAAAAUUCCUGGAGGUUCUAUGAUAAAAACAAGUCCUUGUUAUGGCAAUUUAUUUUUUCUGAAGAUUCAGAGACAAAUGCCACUUGGGCUGCUGUUUUGGGAAAUAAAGGUUUUCUCACUUUCUCUGCUUUAGGACGUCAAAGUGCUCGAGUUUCUCCAAUUAGAAUUCCACAAAACUCUUGUAGUACACCACAACCUUGUGGUCCAUAUUACAUAUGUACAGGUAAUAACAAUUGUCGCUGUCCUUCUGUUCUUAGCUCUCGUUCGGAUUGCCAACCUAGGAAUAUUGUCUCUUCUUGUAAUAACUCUAAAAGUUCUGUAGAGCUCGUGAAAGCUGACUAUGGAAUCCAUUACUUUGCGCUUGAUUUCUUUCCGCCCUCGUCAAGAACUGAUUUGAAUGGUUGCAAAAAUUCUUGCCUUCGUAAUUGCUCGUGCCUUGCUAUGUUCUUCCAUAACAGUUCAAGGAACUGUUUUCUGUUAGAUAGCAUAGGAAGCUUCGAGACUUCGGAUGAAAAUUCUGGGUUUGUUUCUUACAUUAAGGUCUCGGCUUCUGGAGGCAGAGGUAGUAAUGAAAGGAGCAAUAAUCACACCAUAAUUGCUGUGCUCGUUGUUUUAUCUACAUUGAUUUUAAUAUUGGUGGUCGCUUAUGUGGGAUUUCGAUAUUACAGAAGAAAGCCAAAAUUGGAUGAUUCUUCUGGGGAGAAUUCAGAAGACAUUUUCUUGGAGAAUUUAACUGGCGGGCCAACUCGUUUCAGCUAUAAAGAUCUUGAAAUAGCAACACGUAAUUUCUCAGUGAAGCUGGGACAAGGGGGUUUUGGUUCAGUUUAUAAAGGGGUUCUGCCUGAUGGGAUUCAUGUAGCUGUGAAGAGAUUGGAAACCAUUGGGCAAGGAAAGAAAGAGUUUAGAGCAGAAGUUGGCAUCAUUGGGAGCAUCCAUCAUCAUCAUCUGGUCAGGCUUAAAGGGUUUUGCGCAGAAGGAUCUCAUAAGCUUCUUGCUUAUGAAUAUAUGGCAAAUGGUUCAUUGGACCGAUGGCUAUUCAAGAAAAACGAAGGAGAGUUCAUGUUAGAUUGGAAUACCAGGUUUAACAUAGCACUAGGAACAGCAAAAGGACUAGCUUACCUCCAUGAAGAUUGUGAUUCCAAGAUUGUACAUUGUGACAUCAAACCAGAGAAUGUGCUUCUUGAUGACAAAUUCCUUGCUAAAGUUUCAGACUUCGGUUUGGCCAAGCUAAUGACUCGUGAACAAAGCCAUGUUUUCACAACUCUUAGGGGAACCAGGGGAUAUCUCGCACCAGAAUGGAUCACAAACACUGCUAUAUCAGAGAAAAGUGAUGUUUAUAGCUACGGGAUGUUGUUGCUAGAGAUCAUUGGAGGAAGGAAGAAUUACGAUCCGAAUGAAACUUCAGAGAAAUCUCACUUCCCAUCUUUUGCUUUUAAGAUGUUGGAAGAAGGGAAGCUGAGAGACAUUGUUGAUUCAAAGUUGGAAAUGGAUGAAAACGAUGAAAGACUUCGUAAUGCUGUUAAAGUUUCAUUUUGGUGUAUACAGGAAGACAUGUCUCGGAGGCCUUACAUGUCCAACGUUGUUCAAAUGCUUGAGGGUCUCUGUGCUGUUCCUGAGCCUCCAACAAGUUCGCUAUUGGGUUUCCGCCUUUACUCAUCUCUGUUUCAGCCCAACCGAGAAGAAGUAGAACCAUCAAACCCCAAUAAAGAUUCUUAUACCUCUGCAGUCCGGCUUUCAGGACCAAGAUGA